AAAGAUGCUUUGUUAUGUAUUACAGAAUGGUUAUACAAGUGUUCAGUUCAGAAAUUGGUGGUAGUCAUCUCAAAUAUUGAAAGUGGGGAGGUCCUUGAAAGAUGGCAGUUUGAUAUUGAGUGUGACAAGACUGCAAAAGAUGACAGUGCACCCAGAGAAAAGUCUCAGAAAGCUAUCCAAGAUGAAAUCCGUUCAGUGAUCAGACAGAUGACAGCUACAGUGACAUUUCUGCCACUGUUGGAAGUUUCUUGUUCAUUUGAUCUCCUGAUUUAUACAGACAGAGAUUUGGUUGUACCUGAAAAAUGGGAAGAGUCGGGACCACAGUUCAUUACCAAUUCUGAGGAAGUUCGUCUUCGUUCAUUUACUACUACAAUUCACAAAGUAAAUAGCAUGGUAGCCUACAAAAUUCCUGUCAACGACUGAGGAUGAGAUAAAGACAGUAUAAUGUACUUGUAUUCUCAAAUGUGGUUUUCCUGAAACCAAAUCAACUGUAGUUGAUGUGUUUUAUUUCACUGGUUAAUUUUUAGAUGGGGAAAACUUAACAUUAUGCUUUACUGAAUCUGUGCAUAAUCGUUCCAUUCCUUGGUACCUGUUUCACUUUCCAUAGGGUUGACGUAAGUUAUUGCACACUGUUCCAAAGGGAACUAGCAGAUUACAUCAGCAUUGUAAUGUCAGUUCCUUUGACGAUGGUAACUGUAGAUGGAAAAACUUUUGCAAUACAGCUAAAUGUCUUUCUAAAUCAGACCUUUUGGUCAAGCACCUUGACUCAGAGUAUACAGAAAUAUCUAAAUAUAAAAUAGAGCAAAAGAAAUAUGACUAUUGAGAACAUGUGUUUAGAUCUUGAAAGGAACUAAUGAUAGUCCAUAAGUAAUGAAAUAUUGAUCCUGUUAGGUCCCUUUGCCAUUUAUUUGUAUAGUUUCCAUAUUGAAAAGUUUUCCAAUUAUUUGAUUUUAAUUUAUAUAACUCGAAUCUAUGAAGCCAUGGAUAGUCCUGCUAUUCAAAUUCCUGUGAUACUGAACUUUUCAGAAUGUCUUUUUAUGUUUUAUAAAAUCAAGCUUUAAAGGACAAUGAUGAAAUAAAGUUAAAUGUGUAUGUUCUAAAUUUGUCUUAAAAUAUUCUUAUAUUGGUGUGGUGUUGAUACAGUUAAAUAGUUAUAAUGGAUUCAGUGCAGCAUAUUAUUUCUUGUGCCUACUAUGGUUAGCCUAAGAAUUCAAAGUUGAGUAAGUCUUGAGGUACUUUCACUUUAAUGGACAAGCUUUUAUUGUACCCCCUUCAUCUCAACAGUACAUUUAAAAUAAAUGUUCUUUUUAUGAAAUGAUAAAUGUCCUUUGGAAUUAAUUCAGUUUAGCAAAUGUUGAGUUGUAGAACCUUUCUGUACUCUUAGCCUACUGCCAGUCUAAUGUUCCAUAUACAGUUGACCCUUGAACAGGGCAGGGAUUGGCUCACUGACCCUCCAAGCAGUUGAAAAUCCCAGUAUAACUUAUAGCCAGCCCUCCACAUCCAUGGUUACCCCAUACCCAUGGAUUCAACCAACCACAGAUCGUGUAGUACUGUAGUAUUUAUUACAGUACUGAAGCUUGAGAUCUUAUGAAGGAGAGGAAAAUACACAGCAGAGGACUAUGAAGUAACCAAACAGUUUACUUCAUUAUGUAUUGUCUUUGUUGUUUCACCUGGAUAAUCUUCUCUCUGAUCCAACAGUGUGCUUGUUAAGAAUAAAGGGCAAUGUCUUAUAUUCUUCCAUCUCUUAGAGCUGCUGGACGAAUAGGUGCCCGUUUUUGAUGAUGGGUAUCAUGAAUGCUGUUGCAAAAGCCAGUCUCUGAAGCGUUGUUGAAGCUAUCUAACAGGUUCACCCAC